AUGGAGUACGACACAAGACAAGUCGCCGAGCACAAGGUGGCAAUCUAUAAUGUGACAAAAUAUCUCGAGGAUCACCCUGGCGGUGCCGAGGUGCUGGCAGAGGCCGCUGGCACGGAUGCUACAGAAGCCUUCGACAAUGCCGGCCACUCAGAAGACGCAUUCGACAUUAUGGAAUCUUUUCAAAUCGGUAGCCUCAAAGGAUACAAGAAGAAGCCACAGCGCAAAGCCAUCACCGUGACGCCAGCGCCCACGACGGAGAAGCCGACGUCAAGCAAGACGCAUGCGCUCGUUUCCCGGUUGGGCAGCUUCGGCCUGUUCUCCCUCGCCGUCACCGGCGUGUAUCUCGGCACCCGCCACUACGGCCCGCCGACGCCGCGAUGGGUGCUAUCCGUCCUCAACAACGAGACGCCCGGGCGGCACGGCUUCGGCUUUACCAAGGGCCUGCUGGCGGGCGCCGGAAUCUUCGCCGUCGUCGACGCGCUCCUGGCGCAGCACUUCGCGCGACUCACCCUUCAAAGCAGCAAGUCCUUCACGAGCUACCCGGCGCACAUGAAGGUGCCCGAGCCGGUGCGCGAGGACACGCUGCUGCAGCGGGGGCUGCUGGACCCCGCGCGGUACUCGCCGCUGCCGCUGCGGGCCAAGACGCGGCUGUCGCGCAACGUGUACCGGUUCACGUUCUCGCUGCCGACAACGGAGACGGUGCUGGGCCUGCCGAUCGGGCAGCACGUGGCCAUCAAGGCCGACGUGGCGGGCGAGAGCGUGUCGCGCUCGUACACGCCCGUGUCCAACAAUGCGGACCGCGGCGUGCUGGAGCUGGUCGUCAAGGUGUACCCGGACGGCGCGCUGACGAGCGGCUACCUGGCCGGGCUGGCGGUGGGCGACGAGGUGCGGUUCCGUGGGCCGAAGGGCGCGAUGCGGUACGCGCGCGGGCUGGCGCGGCGCAUCGGCAUGGUCGCGGGCGGCACGGGCAUCACGCCCCUGUUCCAGGUGAUUAGAGCCGUCUGCGAGGAUGACCGCGACCUCACGCAGAUCAGCCUGGUCUACGCGAACCGUACGGAAGAGGACAUUUUGCUGCGCAAGGAGCUGGACGCGUUCGCGCGCAGAUACCCGAAGCAGUUCAAGGUGUGGUACCUGCUGGACAAGCCGCCGGCGGAGGGGUGGGAGUACGGCACGGGGUACUGCACGCAGGAGGUCAUCGCGGAGAAGCUGCCGGCGGCGAGUGCGGACACCAAGAUGAUGCUGUGCGGGCCGCCGGGGUUGGUGAGCGCGGCCAAGAAUGCAAUGCUGAAUAUGGGAUUCGAGAAGCCUGGCGCCAUGUCCAAGAUGACGGAUCAGAUUUUCCUGUUUUGA